AUGACCGCUGUCACCGGAUCUAUCGGCGUUCUUGCUGUACUAAUGGUUAUCCUGCGGCUGAUAGAUCGGUUUAUCUCAGCCAAGGCAAGGCUUGGGCUAGACGACCUACUCAUCGGGCUGGCUGGGCUGGCCUCGCUGUUUCAGAACGUCCCUGUCAUCGUUGGUUGUCCAUCGGGCCGUCUUGAAUUCGGGAGGGACAUGUGGGGGAUAUCGCCAGCUCGAAUAACAAGUAGCUUCAGCCUCCCCGUUUACGCCCAGUCCGUAGCUAAAUUUGAGUGCAGUGGUUCUUUCUACCUGCGCAUCGCAACCUCGCCAAAACUAAGGAUGACCACGUACAUCCUAAUGGGUACUGUUACCUGCUUUGGUAUCAGUAACACGGGAGCGAUAAUGUUCCAAUGUCAGCCUAUCUCAUUCUUCUGGGAUGGAUGGAAAGGCGAAACAAGUGGUCGAUGCACUGUUGACAUUCGGCUAUUUGGGCUCAUUCGCGGCGCCAUCGAAAUAAUGCUCGAGGAAGCAAUCCUGUCGUUGCCUUUACCCAUGCUAGCGAGACUGCAGAUGUCCUGGAGGAACAAAAUCCAGAUCAUGUCUAUGUUCGGCGUGGGCUUCAUCAUCUUCAUUGUUAAUUGCCUUCGCCUAUGGGCUCUAGUUGGAUUCGAUCAAAGCUCAAAUCCGACUUGA